GCGGCGUGCGACGUGACGGUCGUGUCUCCGCGCAACUACUUCCUCUUCACGCCCAUGCUCGCGGGCGCCGCCCUCGGCACGCUGGAGCCGCGCAGCAUCAUCGAGCCAAUCCGCGAGGCGAACCCGACGGCGACCUACUUUGAGGCGGAGGCGACGGCCAUCGACACCGUCUCCAAGGUGGUCACUUGCGAGAGCGUGGUGUGUGAGGGGGUGAGCUGCGAGUUGCGCGAUUUCGAGGUGCCCUACGACCUGCUCGUCGUGGCCGUCGGCGCGUCGACAAACACGUUUGGCGUGAAAGGAGUCAAGGAGCACUGCCUGUUCAUGAAGCAGCUCUCGGACGCGAUUGCGUUUCGCGAGCAGCUGGGCUACGCCUUCGAGCAGGCCUCGCUGCCCGGCCUGAGCGAGGAGCAGCGGAGGGAGAAGCUCACCUUCGUGGUGAUCGGCGCGGGGCCGACUGGCGUCGAGCUGUGCGGCGAGCUGCGCGACUUUGUGGCGCAGGACGUCCCUCGGCUGUACGAGGACCUGCAGCGGUUCGUGCGGGUGGUGCUGCUGGAGGCGUCCGACAAGGUGCUGAUGGCGUUCGACGGGGACCUGCAGGAGGCGGCGCUGCAGAAGCUGCGGUCGGACGAGCAGGGCAUCGCCAUCGAAGUGCGGCUGAGCGCGGGCGUGCGGGAGGUGACCGAGGAGGAGGUCCUGCUCUCGGACGGAUCCACGAUCCGGUACUCCCUCUCCCUGUGGGCAGCCGGCAUCGGCACGCUCGAUUUUGUGCGGAGGACGGCCGAGGCGCUGCCCGCCCAGGCGGCGCAUGCCGACGAGGCGCGGGGGCGUCUCGCUGUCGACUCGUGGCUGCGCGUGGCGGG